AUGCAGGUCUACUACGAACACAUGGUCACACCUACCGACAAGCUACGUUUCGGCCUCACAUGCCGUUAUGUCAAGCCCGAGAUGGUCCCGGAAGACAUGCGCUCGAUGGGAGACCUGACUCUCGAUCCUGCGAACGCCUACGAUGGCGAUCUCGAGCUUUACAAGGAUCACAUGGAGAAGUAUGAGGCAGGGAAGGUUACGAAGAGGAGAAUUGCUUCUGUUGCAACUCAGGCAUGA